AUGUCGCGGAUUACGCUAGGCUCGAGCGAUCUGCUGGAGUAUAAUCCUGAUUACGGCGUUUUGAUCUGCCGAGAGUGCGAGUACGCCAUCCAGAAGAGUGCAGUACAAAGCCAUCUGUUACGACACAAGAUCUACCGUGCCGAACGCCAGACUCUGCUCUCAGAAAUCGCUCGUUUCGAGCUUCGCGAACCCGACGAUGUGGACUUACCGGAUCCAACCACUCGUCCGAUCGCCGCGCUGCCCAUUCUUGAUGGGUACUUUUGCCUGCACGACGGCUGCCGCAAUCUAUGUGCGAGCGUGAAGCGCAUGAGGCGACACUGGGCAGAUGUUCACGGCGGAGCAGAAAACUUUGGCUCGAUGGCACGAGAAAUCAAGAUGCAGACAUUUUUCCGAGGAACGAAGAUCCGCUACUUCGAAGUGUCUCCAGAGUUGACAGAGCAAAUGCUCGAUCAAGAAGAAGCGACCGAGGAAGAGGACCCUGUCGGUUUGAGCGAGGAACAACUCAGCGACUCUCCAGAAAGUGACAACGAGCAAGCGAGCAAUAUUGAGGGAACGGGGGCACCCAAGGAGAACCUGAUGUCCAGAAUGUUGUUGGGUCCCGAGUACACUCCAGGCACAACUCCGAUCGGCUUUGACUUUGAGCCGAUAAAAUCGUUUCACCGCUUCACUUCCGUGUUACAUCUCACCCUUCCUAGUCCAGGCAUUGAUGCAAUGGACGGCUAUUGGCGAACAACAGUUCUCCCCUUGGCGCUAUCAAGGCACUGGAUGAUGUCGGGGCUGCUGGCCAUAGCAGAGUAUCACACGGUCGCUUUCGCUGAUGAUCAAGCAGAGAUCAAGACGCACGAGCUUGAGCUCAGCCAGCGCGUUACUUCGUUCAACUCUUACCCUUUCCAACUGAAGAACCUCCUUACCAAUCUUCGAAGCUUCUCGCUUAUUGAGCGUAACGGUAAUGUCAACACUCCGGAAGAGGUCUUUGCCCGCGCCGGUCAGAUAUUCAGGCGCAGGAGCCAGUCUGGAGCUUCAGAAGAGAACGAAGGUACGAUUGCGCUGCUUAAACGCCUGGAUGAGCUGCCUUCUCGAAUGUCCGAAGUCUUUGGUAGACCAAACGAUAUUAAAGAUGUAAUGGCAACGCUUGCAGCCAUUGCGACUUUGGUGGAGCACUAUAGCGCCACUUUUACACCCGACACCAAUCUGCCUUCGCCGAAUUCUGUAUGGCACAGUAUGGUGCAGUGGCCAAGCAAAGUACCAGAGAACUUCCACUUCAUGGUCUCACGACACAAACCAGCGGCUCUCGUUGUGGUCGCACAUUGGGUUUCGGCGCUGGUUUUCCGUGCAGAGAAGUGCGGUUACUGGUUCCUUCGUGGUCUAGCACGCAAACUGCAUGCCGAAAUCGCUGGACGUCUACGCGACACGGAGGGUGCGCUUGGCUUGAUCGAAGGGCUUUCUUACGGAAUGUCCGAAAAUACCACCAUGACUGGCUAG